CUCUUUCUUAAUUGUUUUUCUCACACAAAGUAAACAAACAACAUUUCUUUUUUCAUUCUCCUUAGAUCUUAAAAAGAGGGAGAGAAAAAAAAAAAGAGAAAAUUUUAUUUACAAAAAGCCAACAUGGGAACUGAUAAUGUGGUGUUUCAGAAAAAUUACGUAAAGAAAAACAACAUGAAGAGAUUUUCAUUGAAAUAUCCAAUUCAAUAUGUGCUUGAAAAGCAAAGACUUGUAUGUCUUUUUAUUGGAAUUGGCAUGUCUGUUGUUAUUUUUUCUCUGGUUUCUGUGUCUUCUUCUCCGUUGAGGUCCGAGUUUAAGAUUGAUAUUCAAGAUACAAAUACAUUUGUGUCCAAUCCGAUUCCAAGAAGAAUAGCGUAUGAAUUGGUUGAUGAAGCUGACCACAACAUUAAUGCAGGUGGAAAGGUUCCAUUGGGAUUGAAGAGCAAGAGUUUGAGAAUAUUAGUAACAGGUGGAGCUGGAUUUGUUGGGAGCCAUUUAGUGGACAGAUUAAUAGCACGAGGAGAUAGUGUAAUUGUGGUUGAUAAUUUUUUCACAGGUCGAAAAGAGAAUUUGUUACACCAUUUCAAGAAUCCAAGAUUUGAACUCAUUCGACACGACGUCGUUGAGCCAAUAUUGUUAGAAGUUGAUCAGAUUUAUCAUUUGGCAUGUCCAGCUUCUCCUGUUUCUUACAAGUAUAAUCCAGUCAAGACCAUCAAAACAAAUGUGAUGGGAACAUUGAACAUGUUGGGAUUAGCAAAAAGAAUAGGAGCUCGAUUUUUGCUUACAAGCACAAGUGAAGUAUAUGGUGAUCCAUUGCAGCAUCCUCAGGCUGAAACUUACUGGGGCAAUGUUAAUCCAAUUGGUGUUCGCAGUUGUUAUGACGAAGGAAAACGUACUGCUGAAACUUUGACAAUGGACUACCAUAGAGGACUCAACAUUGAGGUUUAUUUCUACGCUU